AUGUGGUCUGCUGUUCCCCUCUGCUCUACAUACCUCCUGGCACUGCUGGGGAACUUGACUGUCCUUUCUAUCAUCAGGGCAGAGCGGAGCCUCCACACACCCAUGUAUCUACUCCUUGCUAUGGUAGCUGUGGCCGACCUGGGCUUGUCCACGUUCACAUUCCCAACCAUGCUGAGGAUGCUGUGGCUAAAGGCCAAAGAGAUCAGUUUUGGCACCUGCCUUGCCCAAAUGUUCUUCAUUCACUCCUUCACAGAUAUUGAAUCUGCUGUCAUUCUGGCGAUGGCAUUCGAUCGCUACGUGGCCAUCUGCAACCCCAUAGGAUAUUCCCCCAUCCUCACCAACUCAGUGACCACCAAGAUAUGUGUGGCAAUCAUUGUGAGGAUGGCCCUUGUUCAGUUCCCACUCCCAAUCCUGCUGACCCGGCUGUGUUUCACCAGGGUCAGCAAGCUCUCCCAUCCCUACUGUUUGCAUCCAGACAUCUUCAAACAUGCAGGCUCAGAUAUCUAUGGCCUUUUUGUGCUACUCUCCACACUAGGUUUGGACUUGAUCUUUGUCCUCCUCUCCUAUCUUCUCAUCCUUAAGACCAUCCAAAUUGCAACUUGGAGGGAGCGUCUCAAAGCCCUCAACACCUGCAUCUCACAUAUCUGUGCUGUCCUCGUCUUUUUUAUCCUGAUCUGUGUGUCCAUGAUGCACCGGUUUGGCAAACACGUGUCCCUCCAGGCCUACAUUUUCGCAGCCAACAUCCGUUUCCUUUUCCAACCCAUCCUGAAUCCUAUCGUUUACAGCGUGAAAACCAAAGCAAUCCGUAGACGGAUACUGAGGAUGAUCUGCCAAAGAACGAUCCAUAAGUCCAGGGUUGCCAUUUGUCAGUAA